AUGGCUCUGGUAUCAGGCCCUGGCCGGGCUGGCGGCCCCUCGUCAAGCAUGGAAUUAUACACCGCGAAGCAUGUGGCUUAUAUCAAAAACCUGGACACUCGCAAAGAUGAGCUAGAAUACUGGCUCACAGAGCACCUACGGAUCAACGGACUCUAUUGGGGACUAACGGCUCUCCACUUACUCGGCCAUCCCGAUGCGUUGCCCCGAGAAGAGACCAUUGACUUCGUCCUUUCCUGCCAAAGAGAAAGUGGUGGGUUUGGAGCUGCCCCGGGCCAUGAUGCCCACAUGCUCUACACGGUCUCCGCCGUCCAGAUUCUGGUCACCAUUGACGCAGUGGAUGAACUGGAGAAGCGUGGCCGAGGGGGAAAGCAAAAAGUCGGCUCUUUCAUUGCCAGCAUGCAAAACAAAGAAGACGGCUCCUUCAAGGGCGACCAAUGGGGCGAGACCGACACUCGAUUUCUGUAUGGUGCACUCAAUGCACUGUCACUCCUGGGCUUACUGGACCUGGUCGAUAUCGCCAAAGCUGUCUCGUACGUUCAAAGUUGUGAAAACUUUGACGGCGCAUACGGGGUCACGCCCGGAGCAGAGUCCCAUUCGGGCCAGGUGUUCACCUGUCUAGGAGCGUUGGCGAUCGCCGGCCGCUUAGAUCUGGUGAACAAGGACCGCUUGGGAGCUUGGCUCAGCGAACGCCAGGUUGACAAGGGGGGCUUCAAUGGCCGCCCGGAAAAACUCCCCGAUGCAUGCUAUGCUUGGUGGGUUGGCUCUAGCUUGGCCAUGAUCGACAGGCUUCACUGGAUCGAUGGCAAGAAGCUUGCAUCAUUUGUGCUUCAAUGCCAGGAUCCCGAAGCUGGUGGAUUCGCUGAUCGACCUGGGAAUAUGGUUGAUGUAUACCAUACCCACUUCGGCAUUGCCGGACUGAGUCUUUUAGGAGUCGAAGGACUACUGGAAGUAGAUCCUGUUUAUUGUAUGCCAAAAUCAGUGAUUGCACGAUGCUUUGCCAAGUGA